CGCCCGCUUGCCGCGCGGGGCGAUGGGAACGCGGCUCCCGUUCUAAUUCAUAAAAUGGCGGCAACGUCGUCGCAAGAGACGAACAGCGACGAUGAAUUCGAGGUGGAGGCCAUCCUGGACUGGCGAGUGCGGCGUGGCCGCGCCGAGUACCUGGUGAAGUGGAGCGGCUACGGCGCGGAGGAGAACACGUGGGAGCCUCCCGAGAACCUGGUCAACUGCCCCGAGCUGCUGAGCAACUUCAGGGCGCGCACGCCGCAGCUGUCGAGCCCCGUGCGCAGCCGCCACGGCACGCCGCAGGGGACCCCGCGACGCAGGUCCCAGCUCCCCGGUAGCCCCCCCGGGUCGCCAACCGCACGUCCACCCAUCAAGGAGCUGCCGGGCAAACAGGUGGAGCAAGAAGCAGAGCUCAACCACGCCGGGGACACCAGCGCAGCGGUCGACACGCGCACACACAACGGCACGCAGGAGGAUUCCUGCGAGGACGGGGGCGUGACGCAAGAUGAGAUGGCGCAAGAAGACAGGGCCCAGGCGGUACCAGCACAGGACAGCGACAUCGACGCAGACGUGGAGGAUGGGAGUAGUAGGCUGUUGGACGCCAGCGGCCUGCAGCGCACGAGCUCGCGGAGGCGGCGCCGCAUGAAGCCCGUGCGGCAAGACACAACGGAGAGCGAGGACGACGCCAGCGCCGUGGUGAAGCGCCCGCGCUGGAGCCUGCGCCUGAGUCCGCACCGCGAGGGGAGACCGUCAGCCGAGGAGAGCACGUCGAGGGUGCGGCCCCUCUGCGUGGCCCACCCGGGAACGGCUGAUUCCUGCGAUGGACCCAGCGAGGCCCAGGGUGCCGACAAGGCGGCGGCGGCAUCACACGCCGUGGGUGGCCGGCGCAAGCGCUGGGCGCUCCCGGCCGCAUGCACUGUGGGCAUUGCACUGCUGCUCCUGCUGGCAGCGUACGGCGUUCUACAGCGCGAUGGGUAGAACACUUGUAUUGAGAGUACGGGCGCGACCUUGUCUCCCCCGUGACUCUCCCUAAAGCGCCGUCAGGGUGCGUUCAUUGUAAUUGUUCUCGUCUUGUUUCUCGAUGGCCUCUUGAGUGUUGGAUGCAUUCUCCUCAGAGGGGAAAUUCUCUCCGAAACCGCAUUUGUAUUUUCCAUGUGUGUGUAAUCGUACACCUUGUGCAUCUGGGUCUGUGCCCCUCCUGUGCCUGACUGCAGGUUUUAUAUAUUUUCCAUCUAUUUUUAUUUUGUUAUGUUAUCAGGAGAAGUAUCAGCCAAGGCUUUGGCAGUUUUUUGGAAUUGUCAAAUAGCCCAAUUGCAAAAGUCUUGAUUGCAGUUUUUAGCAAACUUAAAUUAGUGGCAGACCACACCAAAUGUUAACGUUGACCGAAAAUGCACAAGUGUUUGCCGUAUGUUGCACUUUUGGGUAACUACAUGUGAAAUGUUGACAUUUCCUCAGCAUUUGACUUAAAUUGAGAGAACACAGCAAACAUGGCCCCCUCUCCUUCAAAACCACUGCAGGACUGUCUGUGCAACGGAGCGCCUCGGUGAUGGCCCCGAGCUCUUGGACUGGCGUGAAUACCAAAAUGUACAAAUGCUCGGAUUUGAGAAUAUCACGAGGGGAGAAAGUGCGUUGGCUUUUUUUGCAAGCGGUGUCAAUUUCGUUCGGUGCGAUUGAUUUUAAGGUGGCUUCCUGACGGGCGCUGCGCGCUACAUGUGAUCAGUUCCACCGUGAAGGGCAGCAACUGGUCCAAGAGGCCAGGAAUUAGGUGAAUGUGCAACAUGCACACAAAUGUUGCGGUUUAUUGUUGAUCAUAAAGAAAUGUAAUAGCUCCCCCCGGACGUGUCUCCGGGGUUAUCAUGUGCUGUUGAGCACGAUGUCCAACGUUUUGCUCCAAGCGUUUGGAGCUUUGGAAAGUGAAUUGAACAGUUCGCUUGCCCUCCCCCAAUCUCAUGCUGAACAACAGCACAGUACAACUCAAGUGCACCAAGAGAUGUACAGCACAUUCGAGCUGUACAGCACAUACGAGCUGUACAGCACAUCCGAGCUGUACAGCACAUCCGCAAAAACCUUUGCUGGAUAAUGGAAUAAAAUAUUUAAUUGUGAUGUGGAAUGGGAGUGACCGAGACCAGAGUUUCACAGAGGUGUGUUGCAUAUGAAAGUGAAUGAAAUGGUGAAUAUGGGCGAUGCCAAGCAGAUGCCUCUUCCUACCCUUCCCUGUAGUAUUCGUCUGUGUCCUCAGCUCUCCGAUGUGUUUGAGUUGUAGCACGUUGGUCAGCACGGCAGUUAUUUGAAGCUUCCAGCACUUAGAAUAAAAGUUGGGACAAUGAUGCUGAACCAGCCGUGGUAGGACACGAAAAUGCAUGGGAGAGGGAUACACAGCACAACCGCGAAAACCUACACCGUGGCCUUAGCUGCCACCGCUGCCCUACACUGCGGACUUUUAAAAUCUGGACUUAAUUUUUUGGAUAAUCUUGAGAAACAAAACACGUCGCCAAUCCUUCCCGGUCUAGGUGAGGUGUGUAUUCUUCAAAUGCAUGGAGUUGUUUGUAAGUAACCACUCAAUAUUCUUUGUAUAAAUUGGCCUUGUCAGCAAGUGCGGUGUUAGAUGGCUGGCGCAGGUCAUUUAGCAAGUGGAAAUAUUGUACAUAAUGCCUCAACUUAAAUUAACUUCCAGAUGACAAUAUUUAGUUUGCUGCCGACCUGUCACUUAACGGAUGUUUUAAAGAUGUAACCCAAAAAAGUGCUUUUACCUUGUAGUUGAAGACAGGUAAUGGGUUCAGGCGUUGACACACAUUUCAAGCCUAUAAAGCGAUCGUAACAUUGCCACAGUAUUUAUUUGAGUGAUGCGGUGGUCAUUGGAGUGCUGACCAUAACCUAAGGGUUUUCUCACAGCUCUAAACAAAGCUUCACACUUAACAGACAGCCAUUAACAGCCUGUCUACCUACAAGGUAAGAGCACUGUGAUGGUUGGGUUUGUGUGCAUGUAAGAAGUCUGGACUGCCAGCCGACCACAUGUAAAAUCCUGCACAUUAAAGUCGUACCUAUUUUUA